UGCCCUCUUGACGUCAGAGGGGGAGUUCUGUGAUCAGAACUUCCUCACACAUUUGAUUUGACUUAUUUUGUCUCAUCACUACGGACGCUUGGGAGGAAUGAGGUUUAGCCUCAGUCUCGCAUAUCUCUUUUCGUACAACUUGCUUCAGUUCUACGGACACACAUGGAUUUUCACAAACAUGACAGCCAGAUUUCUCUCUUUUGGGGAAGAUGCCCAGGCUGGCACCUUCUACUUUGUGGGCGUUAUGAUGGGCGCUUGUCAGCUUCUGUCUUUGUUAGAACUGUUUCAUAUUGCAGAUGGUUUUGAGGGAAUAAGCAUUUUGCAUAUGUUGCCAUACUUGUCCGAGUCUGAAGGAAAGGAUUCGGUGCAGCUUAAAGUACCUGCAUCAAUAUUCAUUUAUUCCCCAUACAUUCUUAUGGGUUGGUUACUUCUUCUUGUAUUAGGAUCCAGUUUAACAGUACUACUCUUGCUGAAGGAAAGGAAGGAGGAUCUUGAGAGCUGGAAUAAGAAACUGAAGAAAGACUAACCAGAGAAAUUAUCAGUACAGGUUCUCCUAUUCACCAGUGCCAAACAUUUUAACCUUAGGAGUAUUAAUUGGAGGCGGAGUGGCUUGUUGAACUCCGCCCUGUGUCGAAACACAAUUAUGUUUGUUUGUUAAGUGUUACAAUUGUAAGUAUUUACAGUUUUUCUGAAUUGCUAAUACACAUUUCUUAAAAC